CGCGCCUGCAAAUCUGACGAAUUCACCACGACACCUCUACACUGCUAUAAUCAUGGAUCUCGACGAGUGGGUAACAAACUCAAAUGAGUGCUUCGACAUCAACAUGUACCGACCAGGCCCUACCGGCGACGAGCGCAUCGGCGAGACAUUCAACCCUAGCUUUACACACUCCGUGAUUGACGAAAAUGAGUCAAUCGUUGGCUACAAGAAUCCCAAGAUCGAACUCGACUUUCGAACCAAUGACCUCAAGCCCAAGCUCAAGAUCUCAUUUGAUGCGCAGCUCGACUUGAAGAAGCUGUCGCCCGACCUGGACCAGGCGCAAGUCGACCUCUCACCUGAGCUGUUUAAAAAGUAUCUGCCGGAGGAGGUGAAGGAGAGCAAGAAAGAGCGCGAUACUGCGACCUCGAGAGACUGGAAGCCUCCAGGCCAGCUGAUGCAGAGCUUCUCCAACCAUGGCAAGCAGUAUGAGAUCUGGAAGGCACCUAUGCUCGAUCGUGCUGCGAGACAGAUAUGGAUAAACCUGAGAAUCCUGGUUCUGCUGUUUAUCGACGGCGCUACUAUAGAAGGGCUGGAUGACGAGGAGACUCUGGACCGCUGGUCGUUGUAUUUGCUAUAUGCAGUGGAGUCGUCAGGCAUCCCUACUACACCAUACGUCCUUGCCGGCUUCGCGACAUCCUACAGAACAUGGAUCUUCCCAACCUUCAAGAUCGCACGCUACACGAAAAUGCUCCCAAGCCCACCUCCAGAGGGCUCGAACGGUGCUGCGGAGAAGUACACGCCCCCACGUCUAACGCAAGAUCCAAAGACAUUCCAGUUAAACGAUAAGCUCGACAGACUCGAGACGUCUUCGCGAGAAAGAAUAGCGCAGUUCUUGAUCCUCCCUCCCUACCAAAACCAGUCUCUCGGAUCCCGAUUGUACAACCUCAUCUUCUCAGACCUCGUAAAUAAGCCUUUCAUUUACGAGAUCCCAGUCGAAGAUCCCAGCGAAGACUUCGACGCCAUGCGCGACUACUGCGACAUUGUCUACCUGCGCAAACUGCCCGCCUUCAAGUCGCUCUCAUUAGCAUCAAACCUACCAGCAGAGUCACUCCGCAAAGACUCCCCAAUCCCUCGCGAUCAGAUCCUAGGCAACGGCGUCGACUUGGAGGGACUUCGACACGAAGCCAAGAUCGUCACAAGACAAUUCUACAGGAUGGUGGAACUCCACGCCCUCUCAACGAUCCCACCAAACCACCGCAAUCGGGCGCGCAUCACACGUAAAGCAAAGAGCAGCAACGAGAAUGACCGCAAAUACUACUUCUGGCGUCUGGCGCUGAAGCACCGCAUCUACAUGCAGAACGCAGAUGCGUUGGAUCAGAUGGAAGUAACAGAGAAGGUCGACAAGCUAGAAGCAGCUGUUGACAACCAACAAGAAGAGUUUGAGGAGAGACUUGAAGGGAUUGAGAAGAGAGCGAGGUGGGAAAAGGGAGAGGGGUCGAGCAACGAAGCUAGGAGUAAGCGGAAGCGAGUCGUGGUCGAAGAUGAGGAAGACGAUGAUUGGGAGGAUAUGGAUACUGACCUUGUGGCUUCAAAGAAGCCGAAGGCAUAAGGAAAAAAAAAGCAUGAAAGGCGUAUAUGGCGUUGAUUGGGCCUUCUUGGCAUGGAUACCAUCAGUUUGCUUACUGGGCGUUAUUGAAUGGAGCGAAGUAGUUAC